AUGUUGUUGAAAAUGGAUAAGGUUGACUAUGGGGGCUCGGUCUCCGUGCAACGAGGAUACCACCAUAAUGGCCCGCGAGCUCUGGGCACUCUAUCGUCUUCAAGGGCAACGAAGGCGCCGCACAAGAGCAAAUUCCGGCCUAGAAGUGCUGCCACAGUCCUGCUUCAUUCCCAAGGCCAUGGCUUGUGUCAACAAGGGAGCUUCAGAGACGCGUGUAUGCUCUUAGGGCAAGACAAAGGAAGCGGAGCAAUUGUCUCUCCGAAAGACGAUUUACACUUGGCUGACACUACAUACAAAGCCGGAGCGGAGCAUACAGUUCAUGUGUCGCUACCCUCGCUUUACCAAAUCUUGCCCGAGUAUCGCCUGAGGGCUGAGGACGGGGUAACUGACGGUGAGGGCAGGUCCAAGAAUGGAGACAGUAUUAAAGGUGCAAUGUCGAAGAAUUCUCACAACAUGUACGGAUACUCUUGGGACGCAAGCCAAUCGGGCUACAAGAAUGCUCCAGUCAGCCCCAAUGGCAACAACAACGCCCAUAAUCACACUGGCCUGAACAAUCACGCGAAUCACUCUCUCAACUCGGUCAGUCCAGUGAAUGCUGUUAACCCCAUCACUUCAGCUUCUCCUGUGAACCACCUUGGAGCACACACGGCAAACCUCUCGGGCAGUCAGUCUGAAACACCCACUCCUUCCAACCACAAUUCCACUCUCAAUCAUUCCCCGCUGAACAACAACACCCCAGGAACUACCACCCCCAAUAACGGUAUGAACACUAUGCCUACAAUCAACAGCUCUGUUCCCCCGUCGAUGCACACUAUGCCAGCUUCAACUUCCGCAAACAUGAGUGGUCUCAACAACUUGAACAGACAGCCAACGUUGAACGGCCACUACAGUCAGGGACUUUCGCCCCCCAAGCACACAGUUGCUCCCCAGAAUGUUCAAUACCCACAGCACAUAGGAGUUGGCUACUCAACUCCCUACAUGGCUGGGACUGUCAACAACGGUGGGCUCCCCCACAUGAACAACUACAACCAGUACGCUCUGCGUCGCUACGUGGACACAAACGUGUACCCCAAGCAGCAGCAGGGCUACCAACCCAACCAGCCCCAACUUCAACAGCCUGUUCAGCCCGGUGUCCCGCCCCAAAUGCAUAGCCAGCAGUCGAUGCAACUGCCCCCACCCCAUGGCCUGCACAAUGGAUACCGGCAGUACGAUAUGGUGCAACCUCAGAUGGAACCCCAGAGGUACAACCCACCUGAACAGCAGCAACCCACAGGAGACAAGCGACGGCGAGGAAACUUGCCCAAAUCCGUCACCAGCAUCCUGAGAGAAUGGCUCAACGACCAUAUUUCUCACCCAUACCCCUCCGAGUACGAAAAGUCGCUGCUUCUGCAGCAGACUGGCCUUACCAUGAGCCAGCUUAGCAACUGGUUCAUCAACGCUCGACGACGACAAUUGCCUGCCAUGCAGCAACAAGGGGCGGAGAAGAAACGCCUUGAAGAGGGGGAACGGCCCAUCAGCCAGAAAUACCAUUGA